CUGGAAGCUGAGCUUCGUCUUCGUCUCAACCUGCAGUUGCAGUUACAGUGGCAGUGCAGUUCUGCUCUCAUCUGACGAUUUCUUCUCUGCAUUUGCAAAUUCUAUUCUAUUCACUUUAAUUUACUUCAAUUCAAUAUAUAUAUAUAUAUAAUCUCUCUCUCUCAAUCUCUCAACAUCACCUGACCUGAUGAGGACGACGACGAAGACGAAGAUGAAUGGUACUCAUUCAACGCCUCAACAUUAUUCCUAUUCCUAUUCCUAUUCCUUAUUCACAAAAUUCAGGCCUCUCAUUCCACGCCCUUCCACCACCACCGCCGCCGCAUUCCCUCCUCAUCCCCGAAACCCUAACUCAGCCGCACCACCACCACGCACCUCCUUAAUGUCAACUAUUACCAAUACCAUUAAUCAACAUCCUCCAAUAAUAAUAUCUCAAACUCACAGUAAUGGUAACAGUACCAGCAGCAGCAGAUGGAAUCCAACGGCGGAGCAAGUGGAGGCGCUGGACGAAUUGUACAGAAAAGGUACGACAACACCGUCGGCGCAACAAAUCCAGCACAUCACAGCCAAGCUCCGGCGCUUCGGAAAAGUGGAGGGGAAGAACGUCUUCUACUGGUUCCAGAACCACAAGGCCAGAGAGAGACAGAAAAAGCAGCAGCAGAGGCACGUGAGCAUCAAUCGCCGCCAUCGCCGCCCUGCACCAUCACUAUCACUAUCACCAUCACCAACAACAAACACGCACCACCUCAUCCCUACUACACCUACACCUACACCUACACCUACACCUACAGGAAUGAAAAUGAUCAAGUGGUGCAGGAAACAUUUAGCAACUGAUCAAGUGCAUUCUCCAUCCUCAAAUUGCACUUGUACUACUACUACUACACCUCCUCUGCAGUGUUGUGCUUCUACAACGUCAUCAAUGGUGGAAUCCGAGCUAUUAUUAGUAUUAGGUAGAAAAGACAUGACUGGUAGAAGUACUAGUGCUGAUGAGAUUGAUGAGGAUGAAGAUUGUGAUUUGACGUGUAAGAAUCAGACACUAGAGCUGUUCCCACACGAGGGAAGAACAAGCAGUAGUAGUAAUAUUAUUCCAAAUGUUGUAGGUGUUGGCGUAGGUUUAGGUAUAGGGAUUGGUAGUCUUAGACAGCCUCCCAAUCACUUCUUCGAGUUUCUUCCUACCAAGCCCAUCAAUGACAAUGACCAACCACAACAACAAUAAUGCUCAUAUUAUUGAUGUCAAGUUUGGACCUUCAAAUACUAAGAGCAACUGCAAUCACUACAUUUAAAAAAGUUUCUAUAUCUUCUGCAAAUUUGAUGUAUCCAAGCUUUGAACAUUUAAAUUGAUUGAAUUUACAUAUUACCAUACAAUGGCAUUUCUACGUUAGGAUGAAAAGAAUGAGAGGGAG